AUGGCCCCGCCGGCCGCCGUGUCGAAGGUCUUCGACGCCGUCCAUGGCCUCGAACCUCCUCUACUCUCUGAUCCUCGCUCUGAUCUCAACUCCUAUCUCUCUGUUCUUAAAAGAUUAGAGGAAGCCCUAAGAUUUUUGUCCGAUAACUGCGCUCUCGCUGUUCAGUGGCUCGAUGAUAUCGUUGAUUAUCUUGAUGACAACGCCGUUGCUGAUUCUAAGUUUUUGCAGAACCUCAAGUCUUCGCUUUCGUUUCUCAAAUCUAAUUCUUCUUCUUCCCUUGAUGGUGGACUUCUUGAGGAAGCCCUAACUAGGCUUGAAACGGAGUUCCGUCGGCUUCUUGAUGAGCAUUCUGUUCCGUUGCCGAUGCCGAGCACUUCCCUCUCUGCUGCCGCCAUUGCCCCUUCGCCUCUCCCCGUGCACGUCAUCACCAAGCUUGCUGCGAUCAUUGAACGCAUGAUUGCUAACAAUAGGCUUGAUCGGUGUGUCUCGAUCUACAUUGAGGUUCGGGGAUCCAAUGUUAGGGCUAGCCUUAAAGCUUUAGAUCUGAACUAUCUUGAAAUCUCUGUAGCGGAUUUCGAUGAUGUGCAGAGUAUUGAGGGGUGGAUUGAGAAAUGGGGAAAGCAUUUGGAGUUUGCAGUUAAGCAUUUGUUUGAAGCUGAGUAUAAGCUUUGUAAUGAUGUGUUUGAGCGAGCUGGACCGCCGGAAGUUUGGACAGGAUGCUUCGCUGAGAUCGCUGCUCAAGCUGGCAUUCUUGCUUUCCUCAAGUUUGGGAAGACGGUGACCGAGAGCAAGAAGGACCCCAUUAAGCUUUUGAAGCUUCUUGAUAUCUUCAACUCUUUGAACCGGUUGCGGGUUGAUUUCAAUAGGCUUUUUGGGGGGAAAGCUUGUAUUGAGAUUCAGAAUGAGACUAGGGACCUUAUCAAGAGAGUGAUUGAUGGUUCUUGUGAGAUUUUCUGGGAGUUGUUGGUUCAAGUCGAGUUGCAGAGGCAAACUCCUCCGCCAUUGGAUGGGUCGGUUCCUAAGCUCGUGAGUUUUAUCACUGAUUAUUGCAAUAGGUUGCUUGGAGAGGAUUAUAAGCCGGUCCUUACGCAGGUUUUGGGCAUCCAACGAAGUUGGAAUCGGCAGAAUUUUCAUGAGGGGCUUUUGAAGGACGCUAUAUUGAAUAUAAUCAAAGCGUUGGAGGUAAAUUUCGAGGCUUGGUCAAAAGGGUAUGAGGAUCAGAUUCUCUCUUACCUUUUCAUGAUGAAUACACAUUGGCAUUUCUUCAAGCACUUGAAAGGAACUAAGCUUGGGGUAUUGUUGGGGGAUCCCUGGUUGAGGGAACACGAGCAAUAUAAAGAGUAUUAUGCUGCUUGUUAUUUAAGGGAGAGCUGGUCAAAGCUUCCAUCUUUGUUGAGUAGGGAAGGGUUGAUCUUAUUCUCGGGUGGAAGGGCUACGGCUAGAGAUUUGGUAAAGAAGAGGUUGAAAGCUUUUAAUGACACAUUUGAUGACAUGUAUCAGAAGCAAUCGAAUUGGGUUAUUUCGGAUAAGGAUUUGAGGGAGAAGACAUGCCAGUUGAUUAUUCAGGCUAUAGUUCCGGUCUAUAGAAGUUAUAUGCAGAAUUACGGUCCCCUUGUGGAACAAGAUGCAAGUGCUAGCAAAUAUGCCAAGUACACAGCCCAGACACUGGAGAAGAUGCUUAGCUCACUUUUUCAGCCAAAGCCUGGGAGGUCAGCAAGUUUUAGGGUUAGGCAUUCUAAUGGGAAAAUGAACAGUGUAGUCACUAACCAAUAUCGGUCAGCGCCGACUGUAAUUUGAUCAAGUUUGAGGGAAUGGAAGAUAUAUAGUAUGUGCAUUCCCAUCAGUUGAAAGUUUGUGGACUGCAUUGUGGAUGUUGAUGGGUUGACAUGGAUAGGAGCUUGAAGAAGCUGCAAGAGUUGGCGGGUAAAUGGAGAUUUUUCAGAUGACAUGGUUGUAAAUAAGUGCUGUAUUUCAAGCAAGUGAGGAAAGUUCUGCUCAUUGCCUCGUCAAACUUCUCAAGAGAGAGAGAGAGGGAUGGUGAUGAUGGGGGUGGGUCACUGGCACAUUCCUGGUAGAGAUGGCACAUUCCUGGUAGAGAUCAUUAUUCCUUUAAAUACCAUAUUUAAACGUUAUUGGCCCCCAUAUGUAUUACUUUUUUCUUUACAGCUUUACUCAAAUUGCUUCAGUUAGGUUGGGGGCAUGCAAAAUAUCUGUAACUUGCUUUAGAAUAUGUGUAAAAUUCAUUAUAUUCUGGUUCAUAUUCAGUCUUUAUAUCGUUUACUCUUUAUUGUUUAAUAGCUGCA